AUGUCUUUCCAACCAACCCAAAUUUUUGAGGAGGGCACUACUGAGGAAAAGGGUGAGAAUGCUCGCCUCUCUGCCUUUGUCGGUGCCAUCGCCGUCGGUGACCUCGUAAAGAGCACCCUUGGUCCUAAGGGUAUGGACAAGAUUCUCCAGUCAGCCUCCACCGCCGAAAUCAUGGUUACCAACGACGGUGCCACAAUCCUCAAGUCGAUCGCCCUCGAUAACGCCGCCGCAAAGGUUCUGGUCAAUAUUUCAAAGGUCCAAGACGAUGAAGUCGGUGACGGUACCACCUCCGUUGCUGUUCUCGCUGCUGAGCUGUUGAGAGAGGCGGAGAAGCUGGUCGACAAGAAGAUCCACCCACAGACUAUCAUCGAGGGCUACCGGAUAGCCAGCCAGGCUGCGCUGAAGGCGUUGGAGGGAUCAGCCGUCGAUCACAGCAAGAACCCCGAGGCCUUCCGACAAGAUCUGCUCGCUAUUGCCCGAACAACACUCAGCUCCAAGGUCUUGGCCCAGGACCGCAAACAGUUCGCCGAAUUGGCCGUUGAUGCAGUCCUCCGACUUAAGUCAUCCGACCUCAACCACAUCCAGAUCAUCAAGAAGGCCGGAGGCAAACUCAGCGACUCCUACCUCGACGAAGGUUUCAUUCUCGAUAAGAAGAUUGGUGUCAACCAGCCCAAGCGACUAGAGAAGGCCAAGAUUCUGGUGGCCAACACCUCCAUGGACACCGACAAGGUCAAGAUCUUUGGUGCCCGUGUCAAGGUUGGCUCAACAAGCAAGCUUGCUGAGCUUGAGAAGGCCGAGAAGGAGAAGAUGAAGGCCAAGGUUGAGAAGAUCAAGGCACACGGCAUUAACUGCUUCAUCAACCGACAGCUCAUUUACAACUGGCCCGAGCAGCUGUUUACUGAUGCCGGUAUCAUGUCAAUUGAGCAUGCUGACUUCGACGGUAUUGAGCGUCUUGCCCUGGUCACAGGAGGUGAGAUUGCCUCGACCUUUGACCAUCCCGAUCAAGUCAAGCUUGGCCACUGUGACGUUAUCGAGGAGGUUAUUAUUGGAGAAGAUACUCUUAUCAAGUUUUCUGGUGUGGCUGGUGGUGAAGCUUGCACAAUUGUCCUUCGAGGUGCCACAGAACAGCUCCUCGAUGAGGCCGAGCGAAGUCUGCACGAUGCCCUUGCUGUUCUGUCACAGACUGUCAAGGAACCCCGAACCACCCUUGGCGGUGGUUGUGCCGAGAUGCUUAUGGCCAAGGCGGUUGAGGGCGCUGCUACCCGGGUUGAGGGUAAGCGACAACUGGCUGUCUCCAGCUUUGCCAUCGCUCUUCGACAACUUCCCACUAUCCUUGCCGACAACGCUGGUCUCGACUCUGGUGACCUUGUUGCCAGAUUACGCAAGGCUCUCUACGAUGGUCUUACCACUUAUGGUCUGGACCUGAUGACCCCUGGUGGUGGUAUUACUGAUAUGCGAGAUCUCGGCGUUAUCGAGAGUUACAAGUUGAAGAAGGCUGUGGUGUCUUCGGCCAGCGAAGCCGCAGAGCUUCUUCUUCGAGUGGACGAUAUCAUCCGGGCAGCCCCUCGUCGACGAGAGCGUAUGUAA